UUGCUCAUGGUUUAGGAGUUUUAUUUGAUAAUAUCGAGUUGUUAAUAGUAUUGAGUCGGAGAAUAAACAGACAUUGACUUUCGGUGGCGCUCCCUUUUCGAAAGACGAUGUUGACCAAAUUUGAGACGAAGUCGGCCCGAGUGAAAGGGCUGAGUUUCCAUCCCAAGCGCCCCUGGAUCCUGGCGAGUCUGCACAACGGAGUGAUCCAGCUCUGGGACUACCGCAUGUGCACUCUCAUCGAUAAGUUUGACGAGCACGACGGUCCGGUCAGAGGGAUAGAUUUCCACAAGCAGCAGCCCCUUUUCGUGUCCGGUGGAGAUGAUUACAAAAUCAAGGUGUGGAACUACAAGCUGCGGCGCUGUCUGUUCACCCUGCUGGGUCACCUGGACUACAUCCGCACCACCUUCUUCCACCAUGAGUACCCCUGGAUCCUGAGCGCCUCCGAUGACCAGACCAUCCGCAUCUGGAACUGGCAGUCCAGGACCUGUGUGUGUGUGCUGACAGGCCAUAAUCACUAUGUGAUGUGUGCUCAGUUCCACCCGUCGGAGGACCUGGUGGUGUCGGCCAGCCUGGACCAGACCGUGCGGGUGUGGGAUAUCUCUGGUCUGCGGAAGAAGAACCUGUCGCCAGGCUCCUUGGAAACGGAGGUGCGCGGGAUCUCUGGGGUGGACCUGUUCGGCGCGUCGGACGCCGUGGUCAAACAUGUGCUGGAGGGUCACGAUCGCGGGGUGAACUGGGCCGCCUUCCAUCCCAGCAUGCCCCUCAUUGUCUCUGGAGCCGACGAUCGACAGGUCAAGAUCUGGAGGAUGAACGAGUCGAAGGCGUGGGAGCUGGACACCUGUAGGGGGCACUAUAACAACGUGUCGUGUGCGGUGUUCCACCCAAGGCAGGAGCUCAUCCUGUCCAACUCUGAGGACAAGAGCAUCCGCGUGUGGGACAUGUCCAAGAGGACGGGGGUGCAGACCUUCCGCAGGGACCACGACCGCUUCUGGGUGCUGGGGGCGCACCCCAACCUCAACCUGUUCGCUGCAGGUCACGACAGCGGGAUGCUGGUGUUUAAGCUGGAGCGGGAGCGUCCGGCCUACGCUGUGUACGGGAACAUGCUUUACUACGUCAAAGAGCGCUUCCUGCGUCAGCUGGACUUCCACAGCAGCAAGGACACAGCCGUCAUGCAGCUGCGCAGUGGCUCUAAGUUCCCCGUGUUCAGCAUGUCCUACAACCCAGCCGAGAAUGCAGUUCUGCUCUGUACAAGAGCAACUAACCUGGAGAACAGCACCUACGACCUGUACUCCAUCCCCCGAGACAGCGACUCCCAGAACCCAGACGCGCCCGAGGGAAAGCGCUCCUCUGGUCUGACUGCAGUUUGGGUCGCCAGGAACCGGUUCGCUGUGCUGGACCGCAUGCACUCUCUGCUGAUUAAGAACCUGAAGAAUGAGAUUGUGAAGAAGGUGGCGGUGCCGAGCUGUGAGGAGAUCUUCUACGCGGGGACAGGCUCGCUGCUGCUCAGAGACGCAGACGGGGUCACGCUCUUCGAUGUGCAGCAGAAACGCUCUCUCGCCACCGUCAAAAUCGCCAAGGUCAAGUACGUGGUGUGGUCUGCCGACACCAGCCACGUCGCUCUGCUGGCCAAGCACGCCAUCAUGAUCUGCAACAGGAAGCUGGAGAGUUUGUGUAACAUCCACGAGAACAUCCGUGUGAAGAGCGGAGCCUGGGACGAGAGCGGCGUCUUCAUCUACACCACCUCCAACCACAUCAAAUACGCCCUCACCUCAGGGGAUCAUGGUAUAAUCCGGACCCUGGACCUGCCCAUCUACGUGACGCGGGUUCGAGGGAACAGUGUGUACUGCCUGGACCGGGAGUGUCGGCCGCGAGUGCUCACCAUCGACCCCACAGAGUACCGCUUCAAGCUGGCCCUCGUCAACCGCAAGUAUGAGGAGGUGCUGCACAUGGUGCGAAACGCCAAGCUGGUGGGCCAGUCCAUCAUCGCCUACCUGCAGAAGAAGGGCUAUCCAGAGGUCGCGCUGCACUUCGUCAAAGACGAGAAGACCCGCUUCAGUUUGGCACUCGAAUGCGGCAACAUCGAGGUGGCGCUGGAGGCAGCCAAGGCGCUGGAUGAGCGAGGCUGCUGGGAGCGUCUGGGGGAGGCUGCACUGCUGCAGGGUCACCACCAGGUGGUGGAGAUGUGCUACCAGAGAACCAAGAACUUCGACAAGCUCACCUUCCUCUACCUGAUCACCGGCAACCUGGCCAAGCUCCGCAAGAUGAUGAAAAUCGCGGAGAUCAGGAAGGACAUGAGUGGACACUAUCAGGGCGCUCUAUAUCUGGGGGACGUGAGUGAGAGAGUUCGCAUUCUGAAGAACUGCGGCCAGAAGUCACUGGCAUAUCUGACAGCUGCCACUCAUGGGAUGGAUGAGGAGGCGGAGGCCCUGAAGGAGACUUUCGACCCGGAGAAGGAGACGGUGCCAGAAAUCGACCCUGACGCUCAGCUGCUGCAGCCGCCGCCCCCCAUCAACCCCCUGGACACCAACUGGCCCCUCCUCACCGUCUCCAAGGGCUUCUUCGAGGGCGCCAUAGCAGCCAAGGGGAAGGCCGGGCAGAUGGCCGCGGAUUUGGACAUGGACGCUCCUGGCGGGGAGGGCUGGGGGGAGGAUGCAGAGCUGCAGCUCGACGAAGACGGCUUCAUGGACGCGCAGGAAGGAGUGGGCGAGGAGGGGGGGGCGGGGAAGGAAGAGGGCGGCGGCUGGGAGGUGGAGGAGGACCUGGACCUGCCCCCGGAGCUGGAGCUGCCCGCGGGUGCAGGGGGCGGGGCUGAGGAUGGCUUCUUUGUUCCGCCCACCAAGGGCAUCAGCCCCACGCAGACGUGGUGCAACAACUCCCAGCUGCCCGUCGACCACAUCCUGGCAGGGUCCUUCGAAACAGCCAUGCGGCUGCUGCAUGACCAGGUGGGCGUGGUGCAGUUUGGGCCCUACAAGCCACUGUUCCUGCAGACCUUCUCCAGGGGGCGCACCUGCUACCUGGGGCUGCCAUCCCUGCCCUGCCUGCGGGGCCACCCCCAGAGGAACUGGAAGGAGGGCGGGGCUAAGCAGGGCGUGCCAGCGGUGGGGCUCCGCCUCUCUGACCUCAUCGCCCGGCUUCAGCAGUGCUACCAGCUGACCACGGCGGGCCGCUUCGAGGAGGCCGUGGAGCGCUUCCGCGCCAUCCUGCUCUCCGUCCCGCUGCUCGUGGUCGACAACAAGCAGGAGAUCGCAGAGGCACAGCAGCUGAUCACCAUCUGCAGGGAGUAUAUCGUGGGUCUCACCAUGGAGACGGAGAGGAAGAAACUGCCCAAAGACACCCUGGAGCAGCAGAAGAGGCUGUGUGAGAUGGCAGCGUAUUUCACUCACUGCAGUCUGCAGCCGGUUCACAUGGUGCUGGUGCUGCGAACAGCUCUCAAUCUCUUCUUCAAACUGCGCAACUUCAAGACCGCAGCCGGCUUCGCCCGCCGCCUGUUGGAGCUGGGGCCCAAACCCGAGGUGGCACAGCAGACGAGAAAGAUUCUGGCCGCGUGUGAGAAGACUCUGACAGAUGCCCACCAGCUGAACUACGACCCCCACAAUCCCUUUGACCUGUGCGCCGCCUCCUUCACUCCCCUGUACCGCGGCAGGCCGGUGGAGAAGUGUCCGCUGUCCGGGGCCUGUUACUGCCCCACCUACAAGGGCCAGGUGUGCCGGGUCACACAGGUGACAGAGAUCGGGAAGGACGUGAUCGGACUGCGCGUUAGCCCUUUGCAGUUCCGUUAGUGACAGACAGGGGGCGCCAGCUGAUGAAGAAGAAGAAAAAAGAAAAUAUAUCAUAUUACUGAAAAGUAAACCUCUUUCCCCUCUUGGUGUCUGGUUGCUUUGUGUUUCAUCCUUCCCACAAUGCCUUUCUUCGCUCCUGUUACUGCACAUCAGUGCAGACUGUAGGAAGGAACACACUCUGUGCUAACUGCUAAUCCAUGUACCUGCAGAAUAUUCCAGCUGUAUCAGUCUGUGUAAGAGCUGAGAAACCUCAAUAAAUCCCUUUACUCAC